GUUUCCGAAAACAGCCACGAAAAAGAAAAAGAAAAAAAUCCUGAUUUGUUAAGUUUGUUCAUUGAUAAAUCUGAAGAAAUUCUUGGUAAUCUGAAGAAGAAUUAGUCUCCAUUUUUCUGAUCCAAGAUUCAUUUGCGCCUCCCGGAUCUUCCUCUCAGAAAUGACGACAUCGCGGCGUCUUGCGGAUCGGAAGGUGGAGAGGUUUGAGAAGAACAUUUUGAAGAGAGGGGCUGUGCCUGAGACUGCUACAAAGAAGGGAAAAGAUUACCCUGUUGGCCCUAUUCUUCUUGGAUUCUUCGUUUUUGUCGUCAUUGGAUCAUCUCUGUUUCAGAUAAUCAGGACGGCAACAGGUGGAGGAAUGGGAUGAGAGCCAUCUUCAAUUCGGAUGAGAGGGGUAGCAGAAGAGGCAGGACAUGAGGUUAAAACUUAUUGAGUUAAUUUGUUUGUACCCUCUGUUCUUUGCCUAUUUGUCCUAUCCUCUAGGAGAAGCUUAGAAAGUAAAGAGUAAGUAAGACCAUUUAUGGUCAUCCUGUGAAUUACUCUUAUUAUAAAAAAAGUAAUUUAAAUAACAGUGCACAUGCCUAAGUGCUAUGCUAUAUCCUAUAUCUAAUCGUUUUGUUCAUUGUUCAUGUCACAAUCUCUCAACUCUAUAGGUGCACUUCCUUUUA